AGUUUACAUCUGUGAUCCUAAAUUUCAUCUCUCUCGACUAUUAAAACAAUGUGAUUGUAAGAAAGAUGUCUCGUUGGUUCGAUCAAUCGACCAUACUCCUGAUGGGUAUGAUGUUGUUUAGUAUAUUAAUAUGGAAUACAGCGAAAAGUUCGAUAAUGAGGUGUGAAGAAGCAAAACUAAAAUGCGCUUAUAGAACAGGCUGUGGCACUGCUUUGCAGCACUAUCUUACGGGCUGUGCGCCUGUUCUCCAAGGCAAUGAUUGUUCCGAGACCUGCCAACAUGCCCUUAUUGCUCUUACAAGCACUGAUGAGGGCAAAGAACUUAUGACAUGUGAGUGUGAAGAC